AUGGCCGACUUCAGCAAGUCGAACUCCGCCGGGCCGGCGAACAAAAAGCAGGCGUCCAUUCUGAGCUUCUUCAAGACGCAGGAUGGCAAGGGGAAGAAGGCCACCGGCGCAGGGGGGGAGGCGGCCAAGGAAGGCAAAGGGGAUGCAGAUAAGCAGGGCGGCCAGCAACUAAACGCGGCGAUGAGCACGCUGGACAAAUUUGCCGCCAAUGCGGGGAACGAAGCAGAGCGAAGCUGCGAAACGGGCUUCACCGCGAUGAAGGAGCCCUCCGAGGAUAAGCGAAAUGGAUGCUGCGCAUGCGCAGAGACCCCCCAAGCGAAUCUCUUCUCCGAUGACAGCCAAGAUGUGAGCAGAAGCGCGGUGAGAAGCUCCAUGGGGAAAAAAGGAACCGAAAUGAAGGAGAGUUACGAUAAGGGGUAUACGGACAACGCGGAGUUGAGCACAGAAGAGGACAUAAUCGUGAGGAAGAAGCGAAAGGUCAUAAUAGAUUCCUCAAGUGAAGAUGUGUAUGACGGGUCUAACGACAGAAGUGAGGAUAAUGGAAAGAACUCCAAGAGGAAGGGACCCCCAGGAAAUGAAGGCGUUGGCGUGGAUGGGAAGUUAAAUAACCUGGUUUAUGAGCCGGGUAAGAGCAGCACAACGGAGGAGACACUAUUCACCAACGAGCAGAGCUCAAAGGAGAUUAUAAACAUCCACCGUAGGAAGGGAGAGGACGGAAAGAAGUCCCAAGAGCUGGACACACUAAGGAAUAAGCUGCUAAGCAUGCCAAUAUGUUUGUCAAAUGAUAAGUUCAGACUAUACGUAGAGCAGUACUUCCUCUACUGCAAUACUUUUGAAUUCCCCAAAUGGGUACAGCCGCAAUACGUGCGUGAUCUUAAUUUGAGGACCCCAGAUAAUGCUGAUUAUGACUGCUCUACCAUUUGGACGCCCCCACCUGAUCACCCCUGGGCGGUGGAGUACAAACAGGCGCACUACACUCCAGGGAUGCAACAAUUUUGGAAAAUAAAAUCCAAAAAUUUUGAUAAAAUAAUAUUUUUUAAAAUGGGGAGAUUUUACGAAAUAUUUUACAUCGAUGCUUGUUUGAUGCACACCAUUUGUGGGUUGAAUUGGAUGGGUGGGGAGCAGAAGCCUCACUUGGGGUUUCCAGAGCAAUCUCUCCAUUUGUAUGCCAAAAAGGUUAUUAACAGUGGGCACAAGGUGGUUGUGAUUGAGCAGAUGGAGACUCCAAAGGAGUUGGAGCAGCGCAAUAAGGAGACUUGCGGGCCGAAGGAUAAAGCCAUUAAAAGGGAAAUUAAUGAAAUUUUUACAAAGGGGACCAUUCUGCAUGAUAACAUGCUCAGCUCGGAGACGAAAUAUUUGGUUUGCUUCCACUUCGACGAUAUAGAAGAUUUAGAUGGAGGAGUAGUAGACGUGGGGGUCGGGGGAGUGGGCAGCCUCCCAGGCUCCUCCUCUCAAAGUGACCGCUCAGUUAAAAGCAAGUGCAAUUUCGGCUUCGUCGUGAGCGACAUCGCAACGUCGUACAUCGCUGUAGGGUAUUGCAACGAUGACGAGUCCCGGAUCGAGUUGCGAACCAUCCUCGCGCAGCUCUGCCCAGCGGAAAUUCUAUACGCUUCAAAAAAUAUUAAUAAGGAGGUGCUUUCCAUUUUUAAGAACAUCCCAGCGGAACCGGAAUUGACAGCGGUGAGCUCAUUUCCAAAUAUAAUUGCCUCUCUAGAUGAGAUUAGAAAAUAUUUUGAAACCAUCCCCCCUAGUUUAGAAAUGCACAGAGAACAGAACAGUGUGAUUUGUGCCUUCGGAGGGUUCAUCGUUUAUCUCCGGUCGCUUCUACUAGACAAGAAGAUCUUCCGCUUCUGCAAAAUAGAGCACUAUGAUUUGUUUAAGAGGGAAAACUACAUGGUGUUGGAUGCCACCGCGUUGAAGCACUUAGAAAUAUUGGAGACACAAUCUGGCGAAACGAAAAAUUCCCUUUUUGAUUACGUGAAUAAGACAUGCACCAACUUUGGGGCCAGGAACAUGAGGCGCUGGAUCUGCAGCCCGUUGCUCGACUGCACCAGGAUAAAUGAGCGACUCGACGUGGUGGAGUUUUUAAAAAAAAACGAGCAUAUCUUAUCCCUCAUCAGGUUGAAGCUGAAGAAGCUACCAGACAUAGAAAGGCUGCUGAACAAAAUUUGCAUACAAGCAUCUCAAAGCGAGCGGGGGGCCGUCUUCUUCGAUAACAUAGUGAGUACGAAGCUGAAGGAAUUUAUGACCUUCCUAAACGCCUUCAAAGAAAUUGGAAGUAUGCUAAUCGAAAUCAACAGCAUAGAAAAGGACGAGGAGGAGUUGCCCAAGCGGCUAUAUGAAAUUAGUAACACGCCGGAUAGAAAGAGUCUACUGAGAAAGGUCCAAGGGAGCUACCCACAUAUUGAGCAAAUAACCAACGAGUUUUUAAAAAAAAUAGAAUUCGAUGGGGAUAAGGAAUAUAAGCCAGCGGAGGGGUGCGAUGAAGCCAUCGAUUUGAUUAACAGUAAGGAGAAGGAGAUAGAGGGGGAACUUACCAAUAUUCUAACAAACAUGAAGAGGAACAUGAAGAUUUCGUCACUCAAAUAUGUACAUGCUAAGUACAAAUACGAGGUGGAGUGCCCCGAGAAUGUCCCCAAGCAUUUUCUAAAGCAUGUAGAAAUUACCUCCGCUAAAAAGGGAUUCAUUCGGUUUCAAAAUGAUGAAAUAAAGCAGUGCGUUGAGAUGCUGGAGGAUAUAGACCAGGAGAAGAAGGACGCCAUCUACCCCUUCUUUAAGAAGAUGUUUCACCUUUUCUAUGCUCACUAUGAGAAGUAUGUCUCUGCCUGUAGACUGGUGUCCGAGCUGGACUGCCUCCAGGCCUUCGCCUUCGUGGCGCUCAACACGCCCUUCGCGCUGACGCGCCCGGUGUUGCACCCGAUGAGGAGGAACGGAAGCGGCGAGGGGGAAAGCGGUGAGGAGAGUAGCGGCCAGGAGGUCACCGCGGAGCAGAUCAACCAAAGUAGUAGAAGCGCCGUAAGUGCAGUUUGCCGUGGGGGGACCGCCCACGGGAAAGAACCCUUCCUCAUCCUCGAAAAUAACAUUCACCCCGUAGUGGCUACCCUCAUGCCCAACUUCAUCUCGAAUAACAUCUACAUGGGGUGCGAGCAGGAGAAGCAAUCUACUCUGCUUCUAACAGGUCCCAACAUGGGCGGAAAGAGCACCCUACUAAGGCAAACAGCCAUUUCGGUAAUUUUGGCCCAAAUAGGAGCCUUCGUCCCUUCUACCUACUGCGAGUUGACCGUAGUGGAUAAGAUAUUUACGCGCCUUGGAUCUAGUGACAAUCUGUUCGAAGGAAAAAGUACCUUUCUCGUGGAGUUGGAGGACAUUUCGAACAUGCUAAAGCAGAGCACUAAGUACAGUUUGGCCAUUCUGGAUGAACUGGGUAGAGGCACCUCCUCCUUUGACGGCACGGCUAUUGCCCUUUCGACUCUGGAGCAAAUUUCAGACGUAGUCAAAUGCAGGUGCAUAUUCUCCACCCAUUAUCAUCUCCUAGUGGAGGAAGUAAAACACAACAAAAAGAUUUCAAACUAUCAUAUGAGUCUAAGCAUAGAUGAUCAUCAGGAGAAAAUUAUUUUUUUAUAUAAAUUUAUUAAGGGAGUUUGCCCCAAGUCCUUUGGUAUUCACAUUGCCAAGUUGGCUGGCCUCCCCAAAGAAAUUAUUGAUUUGGCUCACGAGAAGUCCACCCUCUUUGAAAACGUGACGGACGAGUUUUGCAAAAUCAUCAAGUACAAGAACAUCGUGCGCUCCCUCCUCAGCGCCCCCGACGGCGAAAAUCUGGGCGCCCUCUUCCGCAGGUACCGCGCCGAGUUCGCCGAGUUCGCCGCGUGA